AAGUCGAGAGAAAUAAAAAUGCCGCGGCUAAAUUUAUUCAUAUGGUUGCUUCUGAAUGGAUUUGUAUCAACUAAGAGAAGACUAAGCUCAGAAAUCAAUGAUACUCAACAUGCUAGAAAAACAAAUGAUGGUACCAUUUCAGCAGAUAAAUUAGGCCUAAAGUCUGAUCACCCAUACUAUAUACAAUCUGUUAGUUAUCAUCAGAAGACACCGAUAGAAUUUACUAAGUCGAACCGGGUGAUAAUUCCAGCUGACAAUACUCUG